AUGGAUAGCCGUCUUUUUACACCUCCCUACAACUUCAGUUCAUUCAUUGGUGCCACUGUGUGUCUGGUCGGAUUUCUCUACCCCACUCUUUCUUUAGGUGCUGGUUGUUUGGGUGUUGCUGGUUUUGGUGACACUGGAGUGGCUGGUGUCGGUGCCGAGUUCUUCCUGAGGCAAGCUUUUGAUAAAUGCCACGCGGCACCACAGGAACAGCAGUGGGGAUGGCAACAUUCCAUAAUCGCAUCCUUCCUCUUCAUCACUCCCCCUUUUCAGAGAUGCAGUUCCAGUUCCUUCCCCUGUCCUGUUGUUUCUCGGCCAACUGAGUCUGCUGCUGGGGUUCUGAUUGCUACGUGCACUGCUUCGCUGGAGUCGACAUCUGUCGCGGCUUCUUGCACUCGUCCUUUGGCUGCUUUACUGGCGGCCGCUUUUUUAGUUGAUGCACCCUCGGCCGCACCCUUUGUUGCUGCUCACGUUACUGCUUGGGCUUCUCCUUUACCGCUUCUUUUGAUGUAUUCUGUGUUCAGACGCACUGACUUUGUUGUCAUUUCUGUCUAUUUAUCUAUCUCUGCCUGUUUACAUCUAUCUAUCUAUCUAUCUAUCUAUCUCAUUCUGUUCAUAUCUGUCUAUCUAUAUGAGUCUGUCUAUUUAUCUAUCUAUCUCAGCAUGUUCACAUCUAUCUAUCUAUCAUCUAUCUAUCUAUCUAUCUAUCUAUCUAUCUAUCUGUUCUAUCUAUCUAUCUAUAUGAGUCUGUCUAUUUAUCUAUCUAUCUCAGCAUGUUCACAUCUAUCUAUCUAUAUCUAUCUAUCUAUCUAUCUCAUUCUCCUGUUCAUCUAUCUAUCUAUCUAUCUAUCUAUCUAUCUAUCUAUCUAUCUAUCUAUCUCAUUCUGUUCAUAUCUGUCUAUCUAUAUGAGUCUGUCUAUUUAUCUAUCUAUCUCAGCAUGUUCACAUCUAUCUAUCUAUCUAUCUAUCUAUCUAUCUAUCUCAUUCUGUUCAUAUCUGUCUAUCUAUAUGAGUCUGUCUAUUUAUCUAUCUAUCUCAGCCUGUUCACAUCUAUCUAUCUAUCUAUCUAUCUAUCUAUCUAUCUAUCUAUCUAUCUAUCUCAUUCUGUUCAUAUCUGUCUAUCUAUAUGAGUCUGUCUAUUUAUCUAUCUAUCUCAGCAUGUUCACAUCUAUCUAUCUAUCUAUCUAUCUAUCUAUCUAUCUAUCUAUCUAUUUUAGACAAAUUAUAUUUAUUACUGGUAAUAUUUUUUUUUAUCUAUCUAUCUAUCUAUCUAUCUAUCUAUCUAUCUAUCUAUCUAUCUAUCACAAUUUUUUAUUAUUGGUAAUAUUUUUUAUCUAUCUAUCUAUCUAUCUAUCUAUCUAUCUAUCUAUCUAUCUAUUGUCUUAUUAUCAUUUAUCUAUCUAUCUAUCUAUCUGCAUCUAUAAAAUCUAUCUAUCUAUCUAUCUAUCUCAUAAAAUCCAAUGCAUCUUAUCUAAAAUCAAAUCUAUCUGCAUCUAUCUAUCUGCAUCCUUAUAG